UCCCUCCUCCCGGCCCGGUCAGGCGGCGGGGCCGCCUCUCUCCUUCCGGGAGCGGCGCGCACCCGUUGGCGGGGACCGGGAGCGGCCUUUGUUGACUUCCUCGAAGGCGGCGGGGGCGGCGCCGAGCCCCGGGAAUUCCCCGCGGCGGCGGAGGCCGAAAGCGCGGCCGGGCCGGCGGAGUGGGGGCGAUGGGCGCCCGAGGGGGCCCGAGCGGAGACCGCGAGGGGCGGCGCUGCCUCCCCGCCGAGCUGAGCGCCCGCCGCUGAGCCGCCCGGCCGAGCGGGCCCGGACAGCUGUCAUGGAGGAGUUGGUAGAGGAUGACAUCUGUAUUUUGAACCAUGAAAAAGCAGACAAUGCUCACAAGAGAGACAGCGAUAUUCCUGUUCCAUCCUAUAGUGGAGAUGAGUCUGUUGCCUCACACUUUGCACUUGUCACUGCAUAUGAAGAUAUCAAGAAACGACUGAAGGAGACAGAGAAGGAGAACUCCUUCUUAAAAAAAAAAGUGAGAAUUUUAGAAGAGAAGGUGCUUGGCUCCCGGAUGGAAGAGGAAUGCAGCUCAGUUGGGCGGGAACAAGUCAAUAAGGCCUACCAGGCCUAUCGAGAGGCCUGCAUCGACCGCGACCAUUUGAAAAGCAAACUGGAAAAAAUGGCAAAAGAAAGCGCAGAAUCCUUGAAAAACUUGAACGAACAGUUGCAAUCUAAAGAAGUAGAGCUGUUACAACUAAGAACUGAAGUGGAAACUCAGCAAGUGAUAAAAAGUCUGAGUUGUACUCAGGCUAACUGGGAAUUAGAGAAGCUGAACAGUGACCUGAAAGUGCAUAGUCUGGAACAGGAUCUAGAAAAACUCAAGGAAGAGUGCAACAGUCUCAGAAAGGAGUUGCAAAAUUCCAAGCAGAAGGACCAGGCUCAAGAGGAAAAUCCAUUACAUGGAGACCACCUUCAAAGGCAAGACAUCCAGAGUUUGCAACAAAUAUAUUGGGACCUGAAGAGAGAAAUGUCCAAUUUGCGUGUAGUGACUGACAAGCAAGCUGAGGUCCUACGAAAACUGAAAAGGAGCCCACCAGGAGCCAAGAAAGCUGCCUGUACUGCACCAGUGCAAUGUGUUGACUUGAACAUUUCAAAGGUGAAUUUGACAUCUGGGGUAGUCUAUAGAAACCUGUCACAAAAUGAUAAAGCCCUCGGCAAUGCUGUGUCUCCCCCUCUGCUGAGAGAUGCCCGUGUCCCAUCAGAAAGGGUGACCCUACAAGCUUGGACAGAUGAGAGACCAAUUCCAGCUGAUGGCAAAACGUUUCAGGAACACCAUUCCUACGGAAAGAGCUCUCUGGAAGAUAAUUCCUGGGUAUUCCCAAGUCCUCCAAAGCCCAAUGAGAAUAUGUUUUGGGAAAUGAAAAAUAAUCCAACUUUGUUAAACUGUCCAGCAGAUUACCUGGAUCAAUGUAAUCAAAACUGUCUGCACAAGAGUUAAACAAUUUUUAGAAUGAACUGAGGCAUUUUUGGAGUGAUUCUGAAUAGGCACCUUAAUGCUCGAACUUUUAAGGAGAGAAAACAAAUUGCUUGAGAUGUUCUUUCUUUAUUUUUAAUUCUAGUUCCAAAUCAGAAAGCCUAGUCUUCCUCUGCUGUAAAUCAGGAGCGAGUUCCUUGAUGUUAAAGCUGUGCUGGUAUAAUGUAAAUACAAAGAAAUCUAGCAUGGGGGCUAGAUAGUCUUGUACUGCAAAUGACUUACAUUUGCUAAAGGUUACAAUGAAAAGUGAGUUUGUGGAAUAAAACAAAAUAAUCCA